CAAACUUUGUGUAGUAAAUAAUCCGAUAUUUAUUUGAUUAUCAUGUAUCCUAUGUGUUAUACCAAAUGUAUUAUUCAACAAAUCAUCUUAUUAUUUAUCAGGGAAACUACACACAAGAGAUCAUGGAUUUAGCAAAAGGCUUUGCAACAAGUGGGGUGAAGAUAGUAUCGGAAUUUUGGAAACCACAACGCACACUUCAUGUUUCAAAUGCACCAUCAUGUUUCCGAGAACCGGGUAUCCUUAAAGGAUAUAGAUUAACCAAUCAAAGUUGGUUUUACUAUGCAAAGAGCAUUUUUUAUAUCCACAACGAAACGUUCAAUAUAUGGACACAUUUGAUUGCCUUUUUUAUUUUGUGGUCAACUCUUGCAAGAUAUGCAUUUAUUUAUGACUUUUGGACAGAUAAGCGAUCUUGGCCAAUUCUUGUAUUUGGUAUAUGCUGUCUGGUGUCAACUGGUGUAAGUACUUUAGCUCACAUAUGGCAUUCCAAAUCGCCAAAUAUUCACUAUACCGUGUUUUUAUUUGACUACGUCGGAGCAUCAUUGUACGGAUUUGGAUCCGGAAUUCUUGCCUUGUAUACGUUCUCCGACGACAAAACAUACGAAACUGUUGAAACACCUACAUUUAUUUUGAUUUGGUUAUAUGCCUGGUUCGAUUGUCUCACAAUGUGCGCUACCAAAGUGUUGUUGGACGAAAACUCGUUGAAAAGAAAAUGCUCUGUCGUAGGAGUUUUCAUUUUGUAUGGAUUUGUGGUAACUAUUCCUGUAGGACAUCGCUACUGGACAUGUUACAACGAUAUCAACUGUAGUCUCACAUCACUCAAUUACAUUUCUGUACUUUAUCUUAUGUUUGUACUACAAGGAUUCACCUUUGGAAGCCAUUUACCGGAACUUUUUUUGCCGGGUGUUUUCGAUAUUCUCGGGCAAAGUCAUCAGUGGUUUCACUUAGUGUCUACUGCGACACAAGUGCUUCAAAUACACACCGCUCAUUUCGAAAUAAAACAUCGACAAUCGAAUCACGGAAACCCAGACCUAAAUUUUCUGAUACUUGCAACACUUUUGUUAGCCAUAUGUGAGAUUAUAUCAUUAUUGGUUAUCCGGAGGUUCCUUCCAAUUAAAAAUAAAAAAGAGUGAUAUGAUAGUCUUCUCUUCCGCGUUCAAUGAUACAUUUUUUUUUUAAAUUUCGUCAAUUUUAAAUCACUUCACCAUAAAAAUUAUUGAAGCAGAAAUUAGCGCACAGUCCAUGCAAUUAUAUUCAACACUUA